CAGAGUUUUCUUCGUAAUGUCAUUUGUUAAGCUUCUAGGUAACGCAGAGAAAUGAUGUGCAAAGAAAUCGUCAGAAUUUAAAACUGCACCAGAACAAUGAUACAGAACAGGACAGUUUAGUGAACCUAAAUGAGACUCAUGAAACAGCAAAAUGGAUACCAAACAUGCUAUGGCCAGUUGUGUGGGUCAAGGGUUAAAACUCCAAGGUCAAGAAAUAAGACAGAGAAAAAUUCCAAACCAAAACAUUGUUCAGAGAUUUUUUUAUCAACAAACACAUACUUCACUUCCUGGUGCCCAAUUCAACAGAGCGCGAUCGCUGUACACUAAUGUCUUCCCCAACUUUACUGUUGUCAACGUUGAAAAACCUCCAUGUUUCCUUCGGAAGUUUUCUCCAGAUGGAAGGUACUUCAUUGCCUUUUCUUCAGACCAAACAUCAAUAGAAAUUUACUCAUUUCAAGGUUCUGCAGCUGCAGAAGAUAUUCUACAAAAUGUUAAAGGUGACUUCAUGGGCACAGACCAAGAGUCAUUACGCAUUCGUGCAGUAUUAUUUGACAAAUUUUUUAAACUGAAGCAUGUGACACAUGUGGCUAAUCACGGAGAACAUUUAAAUAGGGAAUGUAGCCUAUUCACAGAUGAUGGGAACUAUGUCAUUGUUGGGUCUGCUAUGUACAUACCUGAUGAUCCAUAUCCUCUGUUUUGGGAGAUGUAUCGAAAUAAUGAAUCUGUGUCACCAAAUCAACGAUCUCCACUGGAAAAUUAUUCUUUGCUCCUUAUUGACUUGGAAACAGGCAGACUUUGUGAUACAAGACAGUUUCGAUGUGACAAAAUCUUCCUUUCUCAUAAUCAAGGUUUAUACCUGUACAAGGAUACACUAGCUGUACUCUCCGUCCAACAGCAAACAAUACAUAUUUUCCAGGUUCACACCCGAAAUGCUUGCUUUGUUGAUGUAAGGAGUAUCGGAAGAUUUUGCUAUGAAGACGAUGGGCUAUACUUUCAUAUGGGUCUCGACAGGGUGAGUGGCCAACCUCAUAGGCCAUUUUAUGACAACACAAUAAAUUCAUUAAAGCAUAGACUGAUGGUGUUUUUGUACCGCAGGGCCAUACAUGAAGGCACACUUUAUGCUUUACGUAAGUUCUAUAAAUAUUUUGACCAAUUCAAAGCUCUGCGCAUGUGGAAAAUGCAAUUACUGGAUGAAAAUCAUCUCUUGAUAAAAUACGCAAGUGAAGACGUUGUGACAUUGAAAAUUUCCGACCCCAAUUCUCAGCCUUCUUUUUUUGUUGUAUACAACAUGGUAACUACAGAAGUUCUGGCAGUAUGUGAAAAUAUAUCAGAAGAUUUGUUGGAACUUUUUGAAAAUUUCUGUGACUUAUUCAGAAAUGCGACUCUCCAUGAUGGAGCUCAGUUUACAUGCUCUGCAUCUAGCAAUAUUUAUGCACGUCAGAUACAGCAACGAUUCAAGCAUACAAUCAUCAAUGCGAAAUUCGGAGGACAUACAGAGGCUGUGAAACGCUUACUGGCCCAACUUCCAAUAAGUUCUCAAUCCUACAGCUGUAGUCCCUACCUCGACUUGGCUCUCUUUAGUUAUGAUGAUAAGUGGGUUUCCCAGAUGGAGCGACCAAAGGCGUGCGGAGAUUACCCCAUCAGGUUUUAUGCACGAGACUCAGGCUUGCUGAAGUUCAAGAUCUAUGCUGGAGUGAUGGGACGAAGUCCUCCUCCUACCGCUAGGAGGCUAGUAGCCUUUACAUUUCAUCCCAGUGAACCGUUUGCUAUCAGUGUACAGAGGACCAAUGCUGAGUAUGUUGUCAACUUCCACAUACGCCACAGCUACAGUAGCUAACAGAAACAAUAGGUGUACAGAGGACCAAUGCUGAGUAUGUCGUCAACUUCCACAUACGCCACAGCUACAGUAGCUAACAGAAACAAUAGGUGUACAGAGGACCAAUGCUGAGUAUGUCGUCAACUUCCACAUACGCCACAGCUACAGUUGCUAACAGAAACAAUAGGUGUACAGAGGACCAAUGCUGAGUAUGUCGUCAACUUCCACAUACGCCACAGCUACAGUAGCUAACAGAAACAAUAGGUGUACAGAGGACCAAUGCUGAGUAUGUCGUCAACUUCCACAUACGCCACAGCUACAGUAGCUAACAGAAACAAUAGGUGUACAGAGGACCAAUGCUGAGUAUGUCGUCAACUUCCACAUACGCCACAGCUACAGUAGCUAACAGAAACAAUAGGUGUACAGAGGACCAACGUAGCUAAUAUUGUUCCAUAUCAGUUGAGUAUGUCUUCAACUUCCAUAUACGCCACAGCUACAGUAGCUAACAGAAGCAAUCGGUGUACAGAGGACCAAUGACGAGUUUGUCAUCAACUUCCACAUAUGGCACAGCCACAGUAGCUGAUGUUGAUCCAUAUCAGUUUCCAUGAAACAAUCCAGAGUGUGUCAUCAAUUUCCACAUAUGGUACAGCCACAGUAGUUAAUUUGAUCCAUAUCAGUUGAGUGUGUCAUCAACUUCCACAGUUGAUCCAUAUCAGUUUCCAUGAAACAACCCUGGACGUGUGUCAUCAAUUUCCACAUACAACAAGACUACUGAAGCAAACAAACCCUUUCUUUUCAGCGUACAGUGGACCAACACUCACUGUGUCACUGACUUUCACAUUCUCCACAGCUAAGAGAUGUUGUGAUAAAUGGACAAUGUUGAAUUUUAACAAUUUUUUAAAGAUAGAUUCAUACAUGUAACAUCUUAAGGAGAAGGGAAUUACAUUAUAAACUCUCAGGAGACUAUCAGGACAAUUUGCAUCCAAACAAGUUUGUAAAUUUAUGUCAAUAUUUAUUAUAUGUAUAUUAAAUGAUGUCAAAUCUUAA